AAUAAUAUUAAAAAAAUAACAUGUUACAUGUAUAAAUUUAAAUCCAAAAAGAAAAUGUUAAGUCUGUUCAGGGACUAUAAUGAGUUAUACAAAAGUCCAACAACUUAUUAUUAUAAAAAAUCAUGUGAGAGAAAUCAUGGAAGCUACCAAAUAUAAACAUCUAUAGCUAGACAACAUCUCUCUUCAUUGUAUAUAUUCAUUCAAGCCUCAGUAAUAUAAAACAUGUCAUCUCCUUAGAAAAAAAUUCUCCUCCUGUCCAUUUGUUUCUCCAACUUUCAACAUGAUAAACUUGGUCAAUACAUUAUUUAUUUACUUCUGCUUAACCUUUUUACUGUACAGUAAUUACAGCAACAGUGUUAAAGGUUUUACAUCACAAUGGCCAAGAGGCAGAUCAACAAAAUUCUAUGACUUCAAGGUGCAAACAACUAGAAUAACUAAGCUAUGUAACACCAAAGACAUUCCAACCAUCAAUGGAAUGUAUCCAGGUCCAGCUAUUUAUGCUCAAGAAGACGAUAAAGUUAUCGUCAGAGUAACUAAUGAAUCUCCAUACAAUAUCACAAUCCACUGGCAUGGAAUCCGGCAGAGGCUAUCGUGUUGGUAUGAUGGCCCUUCUUACAUUACACAAUGCCCCAUACAAACUGGACAAAACUUUAUGUACGAGUUUACUCUGGUACAACAGAAGGGCACAUUUUUCUGGCAUGCUCAUGUUUCGUGGCUUCGAGCCACUGUUUAUGGCGCCAUUAUUGUUUACCCUAAGAAGGGUGUCCCUUACCCUUUCAAGUUUCCCUAUGAAGAGCAUAUCAUCAUUUUAGGAGAGUAUUGGAUGAAAGACAUCAUGCAAGUUGAGCAGGCAGUUCUAGCUAGCGGUGGAGCGCCCCCACCUGCUGAUGCUUUUACCAUCAAUGGCCACCCCGGCCCUAACUAUAAUUGCUCCGCUAAUGAUUUUUAUAAAAUAGAUGUGGUUCCUGGGAAGACAUACCUGUUAAGGAUAGUCAAUGCAGCUUUGAACCAGGAGCAUUUCUUUGCCAUUGCAAAUCACAAGUUGACAAUCAUUGAAGUUGAUGCAGAGUACACAAAGCCAUUGACAACGGACCGAGUCAUGGUCGGUCCAGGUCAAACCCUAAAUGUCCUAGUCGCUGCCGAUCAACCCAUAGCAAGAUAUUCAAUGGCCAUGGGACCUUACCAAUCUGCUAAGAAUGUCUCAUUUCAAAACAUAUCAUCAAUUGCUUACUUCCAAUAUUAUGGUGCCAGAGAAAACGACUUAAGUUUAUCUGCAGCUUUACCGCGUUUUGACGAUAACCUUGCAGUUAAGACAGUCAUGGACGGGCUUAGAAGUCUUAAUCCUGUAGCUUUUCCUAAGGAGAUUGACAAAAACCUAUUCUUGACAAUUGGACUAAACGUGCAAAAAUGCCGGUCCAAGAAUCCCCAAAAAGAUUGCCAAGCUAAAGGGGGUGGAGUCAUGGCUGCUUCAAUGAAUAACAUCAGCUUUAUUAAACCUAACAUCUCAAUUUUAGAAGCUUACUACAAGAAAAUCAAUGGGUACUUCACUCAAGAUUUUCCCGGGGUACCCCUGAAGUUCUAUGAUUUCGUGAACGGGGCACCUAAUAACGCUCCUAAUGACACAAAUUCUCUAAAUGGAACUAGAACCUAUGUCCUUGACUAUGGGACUAGGGUUCAACUUAUUCUACAGGACACCGGAACUGUCACAACGGAGAACCACCCUAUUCAUUUACAUGGCUACAGCUUUUAUGUUGUGGGCUACGGUACCGGAAACUAUGAUCCGGAAACAGCCAACUUCAAUCUGGUAGAUCCACCAUACAUGAAUACAAUUGGAGUUCCAGUAGGUGGAUGGGCUGCCAUUCGAUUCAUUGCUGACAAUCCAGGGGCAUGGUUUAUGCACUGUCAUUUGGAGAUACAUUUAUCUUGGGGCUUAUCGGUGGUGUUCAUUGUGAAGAACGGGGACGGGCCACUAGAAAGACUUCCUCAUCCUCCAGCAGACUUGCCCAAAUGCUAGUAGAUAUAUAUGUGUUUAUUGGGGUUGAGGUUGAUAACAACAAUUAUGGAUGGUUUAUAUUUUUUUCUAUUGGAGAUUCUUUGACCAACCAAGUGUGCAAGCCUAUACAUUGCUCUUUUUCUUUUUUCAAAGAAUUGGCAUUUGUUGAGAUUUCCAAGUUUUUUUAUUGAAAUCGGGACUUGUCUUUCCUGUUCAUCCAUUUGCCUUUAACAUCAUGAAAAAGCUGCCCUUAUGCGGCAUAUAUACACAUGACAUAGGCAAUCUAUGCCCCUUCCUACUCCCCACAAAAAGUAAAAAAUAAAAGAAAGAAGUGGACGGUAGGAUAUAUGAACACAGGAAAUUGGAAAACGAUUAAUCAUUAAUAGGAAAUACAAUAAAAAGCCAAAUGGUAAGUAUGAGAACCGACUCCGAGAAGCUGGCUGGCAGCUUACUAGGAACAAAAACUGUGAAGUCCAAACAUACCAUUAGAUGGUAGAUAAUAAACUUAUUACCUUAAGCACUCAGCUUUAACAUUUCCUUCAAAGCACAACUGGCAAGUGCUUAGGAGAAGCAUUUGUUCAUUCAAAUUGUCACAAGAGACAACGAUACAAUGGAAAGAAUACCAGGGACCACAAA